UCUCAGAAAUUACAAUUUGAUUAAGCAAUUAUUGCGAGUCGAACAAAUAAAAUGAUGGAUCUUAUAGGACUAAAUAGUGCAAAUAUUAUUGGCUGUCAUUGACAUUUAUUUUACAAUAUGUUUCAUUUCACUUUGUAACUGGGUUCGAUUCCGAGAGCAUACGCAUGCAGCUAUAAUCCGUCAAUGUGAAGUUAUCGAUUUUGUGUUUCCAAGAUGGACACGCUAAGAGAAUAACUCACCAUUUUCUUUCUUGAUUUGCUCCAAGGAAUGAAAACCAAUGGCACUAUGAUUGUUUCAUUGUGAAUCCGGCUGCAGCGGUUACAGUAAACAUCUCGAUAUUCAACGACCAUUACUUGAUAGUUAUUAUUGUAUGAUUAAAUUAAGAUAUUCUAAGUAAUGUCUGGAUAAUUGUGUGACAUGACGAUUAUUCCAUGGAAUAGGACAUAAUAAUCUUUUUCUACAUUGUUUUCCCCCCAUUGCAGAUGAUUAUCUGUCGAAUGGAAGGAAGCGUAUUUAGUCGUCUGCUUAGCUUUGAUUCUGAAAUCUCGCUCAUGCUGAAUAAAAAAUUAAUGGAUGAUUUUGAAGGUUUUUUCGCAAGGUGCUAUAGAAUUCCUCCACGUGCCAAUUUGUUCAUUUCAUAUUUAACAUGGACUGUUGUACGAAAAAGCGUUUAUUCAUGGUGAUGACGAGUGCAUGUGCGUGUGCCGCCUUUGGGUUAUUAGCGAUCUCUGUCGCCACCGAUUAUUGGCUAUAUACAAGUGAUCUACAACCAAGUAAAAAUAACGGUACCAAAGGAGUUUAUAAAAAUCAUUGGUCGGGACUCUGGCGACAAUGUACAGUUACAGGGCAUGGUCCAAAUAGUUUAAAGUGUGAAUAUAUAAAAUAUUUUACUGUUGACGACGAAAAGGAAGGACUUGCACCUACACAAGCAAUUUUGUUAACUAUGCGACGAUCAACAUGGUUUCCUUUAGCUAGUUUAUUAAUAUUAACAAUAGGAAUCGUGAUAUGUUUCGUUGGACAGUGCAACACGAGGAGAAAACAUCUAACAUUUGUAUGUGGAAUUUUAUUUGUAUUAGCAGGACUCUGCACACUAGUAGGAAUUAUUCUUUAUAUAGGCAGUAUAACAGAAGAAGUAGGAAAUAAAGGGCCUCAAAACCCAAUGGAAGAUAAAAAGUUUAUCUAUAAAUACGGAUCGUCAUUUAUGAUGGCAGUAUGUUCGUUUGGUUUGACUGAAUUAGCAGGUGUAUUUUCAGUAUAUUUAUAUAUAACUAGAUAUAAACACUCACAACGAAAGAAAAUGCAACAGAUGUUGAAAGUAGAAUGCAAUGAUAAAGGAAAUAGAUGGCGUCAUAGACGCGCACCUAAUCAAAAUCGCGAUAGAUCACAUUCUCGCGAGCGUUCGCGAGAUGCGUCAAUGAGUAGAUCCGAAAGUUAUUAUACGUACACGCCUAUAUCAGAUACAACGUCACACGAGCUAUCAAAUUAUACAUUUCCUAGAGAAAGUUCAAGAAACACUAUUUCCACAACUGUAGACACACAUUUACCACGUGACCACCAUGAUCAUUUACCUAUGCCUCCGCCUCCUCCAGAACAAAUAUUAAGACGUACCACACCAGUAUAAUGUAAUGAUUUAUUAGUUUUAUUCAUUUUAAGAACGAUGGAAUCGACGGAGAGCUAUUCAUGGUGGAUUAAAUUUACAUAUAAUAUCAACAGUGAUAAGGAUUGUGUUCUCCGAGACUUGACGAGAAUUGGGGAAUUAUGAUAUUUAUGCAAUGAAUGAAUUACGAAGAUAGAAUGUUUAGAAAUGAGGUAGUUUUGUGUUUAUAUAAUGAAAUCAUAUCAAACAUAUACAGUGGUGACAAAUUUAUAUCAAAUUUAAAUAUCAUUACUUUUGUUGUUUAUGUGUUCAGCUUUGGUUUCAGUGAUUUUGCAUUAACACACAUCCCAAUCCCUGUAAACGUUGUUGCCGAGAAUAUAUAUGUAAUUAGUACACACUAUAUAAUCUUAUCGUAUAUAUAUUUAUUGACAACUGAUUGUCA